AUGAGAACAUGCUAUACCUGUCGACGUCGUAGACUUAUCUGCGAUGGGGGUUCGCCACAUUGCAAGAAAUGUGAAUUCAACGGCGUUAAAUGUCUUGGCUAUAUUAAGCCCUUGACUUGGAUAGGCGGCGCGGCUACAAAAGGGCACCUAAAGCAAUUAUCGAACUCAACAGCAGGCCUGGCAGUCUCUGGUGUUUGCAAGAAUAACCUACCUGCAUCCCAAGCUAUACCUUCACCACCCUUGGCCUUGACAGAACCAAUUUUCCAAGAUUUGAGUCCGGAGUCACGGUUUCUCGUAGACUAUUUCGAAAAACGAAUUUGCCAUGUCCUAGUACUCGUCGACACAGAGAGGAACCCAUACAGAAGCCUUCUUUCCUUUAUUGGCCCAUCUAGGGGUGUUUUACAUGCUGUGAGUGCUAUUUCUGCAUGUCACAUGGUGCACAGCAUUACAGGCGUGCCUGUUCUCUCUAUGCCUCAGGACGGGACCGCGAAGCUCUCAGAAGUCUCGCAGGGCUCGUCGUCAAUAAGUCAUUCCACUUUGGCAGUAUCAGGUCUGCUCAAAAGUCUCUUCCAGUCUAAGCAUAGAGCCCUGAGAUGCUUGUACGAUGCACUUUCGAAUCCUCAGGAAGGACACGAAUGCUCCACGUUGACUACGGCCAUAUUGUUGGUUGCCUUGGACAUCUGGGAGAGCGGCACUCGAUCGUGGAACGUUCAUCUAGAGGGAGCGAAAAAGCUACUAGAGAGCUGGGCCGAGAGCGGCCAACUGGAGUCAGUGAAUCUAAGGAUGCUUACUGGCUUGAUAACGUUGGAGACCUGCGGCUCAACAUUGAUGCUACCAGGGGGGCUCAAGACACCAUUACGAUCGCUUCUGGCGGAUAUACCAAUUCGUGAUGCUCCUGAUACCUCAAUUGUUGGAUGUCCUUAUGAAAUUGCAUCUGCAAUAGAAAUAGUUACUUGCCAACGUCAGAUGUAUACAUCAGCGCGUAGUGAUUCGGAUCAAGCAACGCAGCCCAAAGACGCAGAUGUCAAGGUCCUUUUGCAGACUCUCCAGGAUCUGGAAAAGUUCGAUAUCGAUCACUGGGGUCACGAAAUGGUGCAGGCAAGCUCCCAUCAUUUAUCACUGUCGUUGAGUGAUCUCAUGCAUGUUGGAAGGAUAUGGAAGCUUGCCGCCAUCAUCUACGCCCAGCGUAUCUACUCCAACGCAACAAUGCAAUUCGCAAGCCCUCAGUCGCUCGUGAACGACAUCAUCGCAGAGUAUAUCAGUGUUCAACAUCUUGACGACGCAACUAAAAUACUCAUGUGGCCUGCAUUCAUUGCUGGUGCUGAGAGCACUACAACACGUCAGAGACAAUACGUUCUCCAUAUACUCGAUCGCAUCUGGCAAAUCACACUUAGUGCCAAUGCAAAGAAUGCUGCUUUGACUCUUCAACAGUACUGGAAACAACGAGAAUCUCAAACAGAUGCCUGGAAUUGGACCAACGAAACCUCAUUGCUGAAUGACUACUGGCUAUUCUUUUGA